AUGGAAUCUCGCCCACGAAAUGAUUCGCUCUUGUCCCUCCCUUCAAUCGCACAUGACGAGACGACAUCGCCAGCGCAGGAAAUCGCUCCUUGGUCUCAUCCUGUCGCACAGUUUGUCUCUCUCGGUACUUGCGAUGGAACAAAUGAGUUUAUUGCGAACCCAUGUUACCCGCUUCGUCCCCCAGACCAGACUCCUCCUGCUCGUGAUGUAUGGGGUGCCAGUGUCACUCGCUGGCCGUUCAGGCCUCCUGCCUGUUCCGAAUUCCGUGACUGGCUCCGACACCAGGUACAGUCUGGUCGCUGCUCGAAAACAGUCUCUGUCCAGCCCGGCGGUUGCUGCACCGGCGACGAUUGGUUGAUUCACCAAUUCUCAUCCCCAGAGGGUGUGAAGCUGGACCAGGAUGGCUUGCCGUCUGCUUGCCUGUUGCCCUUAGCAAGGCUUCGGUUCGACACGUCUGCCUCCGCACCCGUCCGCCUGCAUCAGAAUCCAGGACCAUUUUCACCCUCUACGAUGGUCGGCUUCUACGGGGGUUCGAGCCCGCCGCUGACAAUGGCUGACAUGCACGGAGCUCAAAUCAUGAAAUUCCACCGGGCAUACAGACAUACUGUAAGUGCUGUUAGGCACGAACAGUCGCUUCCUCAACACAUGCCAGGCACUCAUGAGCUGCUUGGCCUAUCUAGGACAGAGAAGCCGCUUCCCGGUUGGUUCCCGGAGGUUCCUGGGCACCUUCAGCAAACCGGUACGAGCAGAUACAUAGCCGUCACGGCCGGUACAAGACCACGCUUUGAUGGUAUCAAGUCCUUCGGCAUAACUUGGGUCCCAAAUGGGUUGGGAAAAACAGACAGUCACCCAAUGGCUGCUUGA